AUGGCCGAGCAGUCGCCACAAACCCCCAUGGACCUCGGGCUCCUGUCUUCGCCGCAAGCCUCCGAGUACCUGCCGUCCAUCUCGCCAACCGUCGUUUACUCGACUGGGCAAGCUGCGUGGACGCCACAAGAACUGCAGACACUGCACGCUGCCCUCACGCAGUACCCCCUUGAUCACUUUGACAACGUCACACGCUACAUCAAGGUCGCUGCCACUCUGCCACGGAAGUGCGUACGUGAUGUGGCUUUUAAAGUCAAGGCGCUCGGCUGUCCAAGUGCCCAGCCUGCCACAGGCAUCAAGCGCAUGAAGAUCGAGCCGUACCAGGAACCAAAUCCACAGACCACAGCCAUCGCUGAGCUGGAAGAGACGCGACUUGCGGCUCUCCUACAGGACAAUAUACUGGCCAUCAACACGAUGCGUACGAAUCUGCUGAACGGCAGAGCUGACGAAAACUGCUCGCAGAUGCUCAGAUUUCGAGGGAAUUGCGAGACGGUGCUCUCUGCCCUAAGUGGCAUUUGCACGUCCAUUCCGCCGCUGCCACUACAACUCGAUACGUCAUUGAUAGACGGCGACAAUGCGGGCACCAACAACCGCAUCAGUAGCAACAAGAACCAGUAG